AUGGCUUCCCCUUCCAAGAUGUCAGGGUAUGUUGAGGAGGAGGUCGCACGUGUGGAGGUUGAAGAAGGGUCCGAGAGUGAAGCGCCUUCCAGCACUUCAGGCUCUGAGAGUGAGGAGGGUGAAAGCGACAAGGCAUCCAUUCAGUCUCAGGAUGUACAAGAACCUAUCAAUGACAGCCAAAGAAGUCCCCGUGACCCAUCCGAUGGUGCUUCCGGCACCGUUGAGGCUCCAAGUGGUUCAACAGAUGUUCCAACCUACAAGAUUGAAGAUGACAUCGGCUUCAUGGCACAGUUCCAUGCUGGCAUUGACGACAAGGCCAAGAUGAAAGCGUUCUUGGAAAAAGCAACCAUGGAGACAAAGGAGAAGGAAGAGCGCAAGUUGCAGAAGGAAAAGGAGAAGAAGGAGAAGGCAGACCGCGAGCGCGAGUCUAAGCGUGAGACAAGGGAGGCGAUGGUCACCUUGAACAUUCAGUGCGGUGAUGGCUCAGGGACGGUUCCCAUCGCCAUCAGUGGCAAUGCUACAGUCAAAGACCUUCGUGAGGCAAUCCAGAACGCGUGCUUCAAAGGCAUGUCAAAGAAAACAGCAAAGACGAUGCAGAUUUACGUUGUGGGUGAGUUGAACAACUUGUGCCUUGCUCCACGCAAGACAGUCAACGGCUUGGGACUUCGUGACGGAUGUGACGGCACGGUGCUUUCUGCAAAGUUCGGUUUGACUGGUGGUGGCUUCGCCAAUGUUCGCAAGAGCAUCAACAAAGCGGAUGCCAUCAAGAACUUGAAGGACAAGGCUGUUUCGUAUGCCACCAAGGACGACGAGAGUUACAACAUCGACGACUUUGACGAGGACUUCCAGAAGUUCUUGAAGGAGCAGGUCUCAAAGCUCAACUCCGUAAAGAUGCUCGUCUCGCAAGGCAUUGAUGUGGUUGGUGUGUCACUUAGCACCACUUCCGACGCCAACCUCACCUUUAUCAAGGAGUUGCUGGAGAAGAAGUUCAAAGGAAAGGCAGACACUAGCGAGGCACGCGUCGCUGUGGUGGUUGAGAAGUUGUUCCCGACCCUUUCGUUGCUACGUUCCGCAUCCAAGGCUCUUUCAUCGCUCCACGGUGAGAUGAUGGGUUACAUCAUGGGACUUUAUGCCGAGAAGUUCUACAAAUUCAAGGACGACGAUAUCAUGUACAACCAUUCUUCCUUUCUAGGACUGAUUGAGAAGGAGAUGAUGAAGCGCGACAUCGUGUCGUAG